AACACGGCAGGUCAACGACUCAUUUCGUCUACUUAUAAGCCCAUCUGCUCUUCUUUGUCUUUUCCAGCUCUUCCGGGGGAAGACGGGACCGCCCAAGACUCACUCCAUCGUCAGUGUAACUGUCGUCAUAUUCGGUGGAUGACGUCCCACGAUACGAUCCCAGAUUCCCCAUACUCAUACUCAGAUUCGCAUUCUCUCGACCCACGCCGUGCCUGGCUAUUGCUCUAAUCGUCCUCGUCGCAUGAUACACCAAUAUCCACAUCUCUCGGCUCAUUAAUCAGACCCUUUCUCUACCUUGACCACGCCCCGUUAGAUGACAAUAUCAGCAACUCUAAAAUCCCUGCAUUGAAUCACCCAUCACCUUUUAUAACACCACCUCUCGGCUCUUUCGUCUUUCUUCAUUCAUGACGGAUUCUACUAAGAAACUGUACGGCUGCUGUUACAGCUAUUCAACAUCGCCGUCAUGCCUAUCUUUCAAGCCGAUUUAGAGAAUCACGAAUCUGUUGAGCCAGCACCACCUAUUGAAGUCGAGGUGCCACCCCCAGCUCCGACGCUUAGACGCCUUUCGGAGGAGAGCAUUCGUACCGAACUUUGCGAAGGGCCUAUCUUUGAGAGUCCACCACAAUCAAACACCAACAGUCCCGAGAGAACCGAUAGUGCUGAAAAUGGGAUAUCGGAUCGAGCCUCUUUAAUCGAGAGGUUAAAGAGGGCUCAGUCUCCGACCUGGAUCCCAAACCGUCAUUUUGACUCUAUUAUUCAGCACCACGCUCCUCCUCCCGAGACAAAGCGAACUCAAUCGCCAUUCGAACCUUCACUACUUGCGCCUGCCCAAAUCACACCCGAAAAGAACGACUCCCAACCCGAUUUCGACAACAGAUUACGCGAUGGCCUCAGCAUCGAGCGACCGAGGUCGGCCCUACACAGCGGUAACUUCACCGAGGAGGAAGCAGUAGCUAAGGAUCGUGCGGCUCCGAGGAGUAGAUAUCCUGCACCAGCAGAGAGCUCAUGGAUUGCAACUUCACCACCGAGACACUACACGCCGUUCCAGCACGAUAAAGGAAUACCAUUUACAGGGAGUGCAGAGAGUUUCCGAUCAACUACAUCGCCUCUAUCCUCAUCUCUCUCCUCAAGCUUUGUGUACAAGCCACCUACUAGUCCUUUGGUUCAGGCCCAGAGCUCAGAAGAACACGACAUGUCUAUACCGAGAGAUGGAUUUGGAUAUACUGGGAACAGUCGCUACAUGCCAAACUCAGCCUCUUCCUCACCGUGGAUGUCCCCAUCGCCACGAUAUUCUCUCCCGCAGCGUGUUCCUUCGUAUCGCAGAGAAGCAUUCCCAUAUCAGGCACAUCAACCUCGACGGUCAUUGACUUCAACUCCAAGCUUCAUGCAGGCCGGUGCAUCUCCACCAACGCCCGCUCUUCUUCGACCACGAAGGUCCUCUCUAGUCGCAGAAUCUUCGCCACUUCAGCACGCAUCUAUGGUUGGAUCUUAUGAAGAGAGCAUUCUUCGUGGUCGCAUGUCUACGACCCCUUCUAAGCCACUGGACUUUGUCGCUCAGAUCGGCGUGUUGGGCAAGGGAAAAUGCAAGUCCAGUUUGAAGUGCCCGCCACACGUUACUCUUUCAUUUCCUGCUGUGUAUUACAGCUACAGCAGCACCUCUCAUGGUAGAUCAAAUACGGACGACGGGCCGAGUCCCUAUGUUGGUCAGAUUGACCUUGAAAACGGUCUUCCUAACCCCGAUGAUGAGCAUCGGGCAAAGAAGAAAGCACAAAGCCGAUUUGCAGACAGGAAACCCAUCGAAGACAUGAUGGAUGUCGGUCUUGAUAAUCAAGGAUCUGAGCAAAUUUCACGCCGAAAUUCUCGAGCCAGCCGCAGGUCCGGUUCUGGCUCUGCGAAAGCCCCUCCAGGCGGAAGCUAUCGUAUUCCGGAGAAGGGGCAGAUCCAAAUCAUUGUCAAGAAUCCGAACAAGACUGCUGUCAAGCUGUUCCUGAUUCCUUAUGACCUGACGGGUAUGGAACCAGGUACCAAAACUUUUGUGAGACAGCGUAGCUACUCGGCUGGUCCCAUUAUUGAAAACGCCCCUGCAGCAUCCGAAGUAAACACCAGUGACCGUCCUAUCUUGAGAUAUCUCGCUCAUCUCCACAUUUGCUGCCCUGCAAAAGGGCGGUACUAUCUUUACAAGAGCAUUCGCAUUGUCUUUGCAAACCGUGUACCCGACGGCAAGGAGAAACUCAGAAACGAAACAACAUGGCCAGAGCCUCGCUACACUCCUUACAAGCCCAUUCGUCUGAUGCAUACUCCGCUGCCUACACACUCUGGUCCUGGAGCUAUGCUAGCCGCUGAAAAGGCGCUUCGCAGACGUAGCGUAGGAAUCUUCCCGGGCCCUACGUCUCAUGCUUUCGAUGCCAUGGAGCACAUGUUUCGGAACAAUGAUUCCUCUACUGGCAGCUCUGCAGCGGGCAAUACCUUGCCACUCGACCCGAUCCCUUUCUAUCUUCCUGGGCGCGUCCGAACAAGCAGCGAUGUCAGUAACAGCACAAGCACAACUGCCGCCCUCGGUAACGAAAUGCGCUCUCCUGGCUCAUCCCAAGCCAGUCGUCCUUCGACCAAGGACUCGACCGAUGGUUCACCGUCGGGACCUGCACUCUACGAGAAGCUGAACAAAGGUGAACCUGGGUACGGCGGCAAUGCCUUCGCUCUUAACAGGUCUGGAUCACUUGGUGGUGCUGAAGGCUUGCUUUCCCAGCGCUUGCGUUCCCUCGGGGUCAAGCAACCAUCACCUCCAGAGACACCCAACCGGGGUGACAUGUCUCCUUAGACAAAAGUUAUUCAGUAAUUGCAUGUUUCAGCAUGCCUACCGUACAUUAAGUGCCCUCAUUGAAAGGGUCUUAUUAUAACCAAAUAUCUGUAUAUUGGAUCAUAGAGGGUAUCGAUUGCCCUGGAUGGCGUUCUUUUUCUACCCCGUCUAAUCAUUGGAUUGGAUGAAAGGGACCUGGUCAGGAGUUAUAUUACUUUGAGGCGUUUGGUGUAUCUCGAUACCAGGCAAAACCUGCCAUAGAAGGUUUAGAUAGUCAAUUGAAUCUCUACACACUUA